AUGAGUUAUCGUUCAUCUGCUUCAGCCUUACCCUCGUCCAAAAAGACGCAUCUGGAAAGACAUAAACAAAUAUUGAAACAACUUCUUAGGGAAGAACCUAAUAAGACAUGUGCUGAUUGUAAAGUUUCCAAGAAUCCAAGAUGGGCAUCGUGGAGUUUAGGUUGUUUUGUUUGUAUUAGAUGCUCAGGUAUUCAUAGAAGUAUGGGGACCCACAUAUCAAAAGUUAAAUCGGUUGAUUUGGAUGCUUGGACUGAUGAUCAAAUUGAAAAUGUUAUUAAAUGGGGAAAUGAAAAGUGUAAUUUAUAUUGGGAAGCUAAAUUACCUGAGGGUUAUAUUCCAGAUUCUCUGAAGAUUGAGAAUUUCAUAAGAACUAAAUACGAAUUGAAGAAAUGGACAGCUUCUACCCAUAUACCUGAUCCAUUGACCAUGAAACCACAAUCACAACCUCUACCACAACCUCCAACUAAUGGUAAACAACCAAUUAACCCAAUUGUAUCUCCAGCACCACCUACAAUAACCCAAUCACCACAAUCUACUGGUGGUAGUACCGGAAGCGGUAGACCAGACUUGAAGAAGUCAAUUUUAUCAUUAUAUGCAUCUCCAUCAUCUUCAUCUAGCUUUGUUGGUCAAUUUCAACAACCUCCACCUCAACCUUCUCCUCAUUUAAGAACCCAACCUUAUAAUGCCAGUGUCAACUCAUUAAACAAUUCCUUAUCGGGAUUAUCAUUCAAUUCAACUGUCAAGGUACAACCACAAGCUAAUAUCAGCCAAACAUCGUUGAGAGAUACGAAACCACCUGUACCGGUUGCUGCAAAUUCAACCUGGAAUAACGAAUGGUCGGACUCUUCUCAAGGUUCAUACAAUAACAACCAAUGGAAAGCUACAACUACUACAAGCAACGGAUUAGACGACGAUUUGUUCAAGAAUGUUUGGAAUUAA